AUGCGAUCAAGGCUUUAUGGUAGAUUCAGACAGUCGUUCUUCUGGUUUUCCAUCACAAGCCUCCUUUUCUCCAUCACAUUUAGUAGAGGAUCGGCAGCAGAUCGCGUAGAAGCAUUAACUCAACGACAUGCCGUUGAAGUAUUAUCAAAUGAGACAAUAGCUGAGCCAGAAAACUCCUAUUCAAAUGCAAGUGCACUGUUGGGCCAAUUACUAUCUGAUUAUGAUAUACGCUUACGUCCAGGCUUUGGAGGUGAUGCGCUUCUGCUUACCAUGGACAUCAUCAUUGCAUCAUUCGAUGCAAUCUCAGAAGUUGAUAUGGAUUAUACAAUAACUAUGUACUUGCAUCAGUAUUGGACAGAUGAACGUUUAUCCUGGAGCUCAUCAAUCCCAAUCGAUGAGAUGACACUCUCCGGUGAAUUCAGCCAACACAUCUGGGUUCCGGAUACCUUCCUGGCCAAUGACAAACAUUCGUUCAUACAUGAGGUCACAGAAAGGAAUAAAAUGUUACGAAUUAGUGGAGAUGGUAAAGUCGCAUAUGGAAUGAGAUUGACAUCAACACUCAGUUGCUCAAUGAAUUUACGCAACUUCCCUCUAGACUCUCAGAAUUGUACGGUAGAAAUUGAAUCUUAUGGCUACACAACUUCAGAGGUGUUGAUGAAAUGGAAUCAUCCAUUAGCUGUUCAUGGUGUUGAACAAGCUGAUGUCCCUCAAUUCACAAUAACAGGAUAUCAAACAGAAGAUAGUAUUGUGAGCACAGCAACAGGUUCCUAUCAACGUCUUUCGUUGGUUUUCCAACUGCAGCGGUCCGUUGGGUACUUCAUCUUCCAAACAUAUUUGCCUUGUGUUUUAAUUGUUAUGUUAUCAUGGGUAUCAUUCUGGAUUAACCAUGAAGCUACAAGUGCUCGAGUAGCUUUAGGAAUCACGACAGUUCUUACAAUGACUACGAUUUCAACGGGUGUCAGACAAUCCUUACCCAGGAUUAGUUAUGUAAAAAGUAUUGAUAUUUACUUGGUUAUGUGCUUCGUUUUUGUUUUUGCGGCUCUUCUGGAAUAUGCCGCUGUAAACUACUCUUAUUGGGGAAGAAAAUCUCAGAGAUGCAAUGAAGAGGGAUGGCCUGUCAAUGGGCAUAAUGCCGAUGAUAGUGAAGGAAGAGUUAAUGUGAAGAAUUGGGGAGUUCCAAGCAGUUUCAUUGAUGAGCUGCAUCAAACGGGUUUAGAUCCUAGAGCCCAGGAUCUGGAACAAGCCAAUUCAGUACGUCAUAGGAUAAGAUCUACAAGUCCAAUUCCAUCUCUAAGAUCGUCUCGGCAGAACCAGAUUGAUGAUACUCCCGAGUAUCCCCGAUAUACCACUCAAACCUCACAAGCGGCUCGCCCACGAUCAGGGGUUGUUGUUCGAACUAAAAGACGUUUUGCAAAAGCAAAGAAGAGAACAGCAACUGUAAAAGCUUCAAUUCAUAGAAUUGGUAAACGUGCAAGAAAAGCCAUACCAAAAAUUCGUGUACGGGAUGUGAAUGUCAUAGACAAAUAUUCACGAAGUGUCUUCCCGCUCUGCUUCAUUGUAUUCAACAUUUUCUAUUGGGGAUACUACUCCAUGAUGCAGUCAUAA